CCACAGUUCCUCUUCGUAAAUAAAAAAACAUUAGUAAUAUAAAAAAAAAAAUAAUAAUAAUAAUAAAAAGAAAAAAAAUAGCAACAGACAGAGACAAAAAUUAACGUACAAGACAGGAAAACACUGUAUAAUAUAUAUACAUAUAUACAUAUAUACAUCAUACUUUUACGUAAAAAUAAAAAAAAGUAACCAUUGUACUUGUUACUCAUUUUAAUACAACAAUCAUAAAUCCUGAAAGAUGAAAGUGCAUUAAAUUACCUGUGCAAUUAAUAAAAGUGACGUUACUUGAACUUGUUUUUAAAUCUCAAUGGGCAGUAUUUACGCAUCAAUAAAAAAACAUCGUGACGUAAAAUUAAGUCACUUAACACCACACGACGAUUCAUAGGAUGUGAUAUAUCCUUAUGGGGUGAAAGUGCCUCUUGAGACCAUUUAUUAAAUUACAGUGUAAUAAAUAACAUAAAAAUAACGAGAAUAAUGUUGUCAUACUGCUGCAGUACCAGUCGCCGGGUGUUAUUGUGUCUGACAUUAUCCACGAUGGCGGCAAAUAUUUACGGGGAUAUUCUUGUUUUCUCCGAUACCUCGCAGCAUCAAAUUGAAGAAGAAUUCCGCGACAUACCCGCGCGAUUUGGUCCUCUUAUACCUGUCGAAGGAAUCAGGGGAAAAGUUGUUUCUGCACAGCCAUCAACAGGAUGUCGUUUGAUAGCCCCGCCACCAAAUGACACUAAUUAUACUGGUCUAUGGAUAGCAUUAAUAGCUCGUUACAAUUGUAGUUUUGAAAUAAAAGUACGAAUGGCACAAAAAGCUGGCUAUGAUGCAGUUAUUGUUCAUAAUGUUAAUAGUAAUGAAUUAGAGCCAAUGUCAGCCAAGGAACCACUUGGAAUAAGUAUACCAUCAGUAUUCGUAAGCCAGAUAACGGGUUUAAUAAUAAAAGAAAAUUAUUUAUGGGACAAUGAUUUCUCUGUAUUGAUAAACGAUGAUAUUCCUUUUAAUAUAAAUACCCACUUGUUAUUACCAUUUGCAAUUGUUGUUGGUAUAUGUUUCCUAGUCAUGGUUAUAUUCAUGGUCGUAAGAUGUAUAAAAGAUAGACGUAGACAGCGUAGGCAUAGAUUGCCUAAGUCGAGUUUAAAAAAAAUACCAACACACAAGUAUACCAAAGGGGAUCCUUAUGAGACCUGCGCUAUUUGUUUAGACGAUUAUGUGGAGAAUGAAAAAUUGCGCGUAUUACCUUGUGCCCAUGCAUAUCAUACCAAGUGCAUUGACCCCUGGUUGACGAAAAACAAACGCGUGUGUCCAGUAUGUAAGCGCAAAGUGUUUGCUGCGGAUGAAAGAAUAAUUACUGACAGCGAGAGUGAUUCAGAUGCUGAUGACUCGACUCCACUUAUCAGAGAUGGUCAUCAAGGUACACAAGGUGGUACAUUUACACCGCAACGUGAAAAUCCAUUCACACGAGCAUUGAGAUCACAACAGCGCCGUCAUUCAAAUUCAUCAAACAGCAGCGAUGACUCUUUCAGGUCGCUGAUAACAUCCGGAGGUAGCAGGAGUUCGCAUAACGGCGAGACGUCUGGUAACACGACAUUUCUAGUAUCGGACACUCACAGUAUAAACGGUGAACCAUCGGAUUUCGAGCGUUCUACAGACAGUAAUGACACGUAUACUGUUACUGUGUGUAGUGUAGACGCUGAAGAACAUCCAGCAUCAGUGGUUCACAUUUCACAAUCUCAAUCUCAAUCAGCAGCCCAAGUUCCACCUACAACUUUUGCUCCUGUUAACAAUCAUCCGUUUAAUAAAGUGAGGGAUAUGUUGUCGCGUAAUUAUGAUGGGUUUAAUUAAAAUAAUUAAAACAAAUAAAAUAAACACAUGACUAUUUUUGAAUCCAUUAAAUUUAUUUAUUGAAUGGAAAUGAUGUUCGUUAAGUAGUUGUUACAAAUCAAAUGUAAGAAAUUUCUACUUACUAAAUCAUGAACUUUUUAAACGUCAGUUCAAAUUUUUAUUAUAUUUUUUUUUAAUUUUAAUGCGGAAUCUUUUGAUGAAAUUUAAUCGUGUGGAAUUUUGAGUUUUUAAAUAUUUUUAUAUAUAUCUUAACACGCUUAUUAUUUAAAAUUAUAUAAAUUAGUUGAUUUGGGUAAUUUUCUUUUAGUUGUAUAAAAUGUUUCUGGAUAAUUAUUAAUUUAUUAUAAUUAAUUAAUUAAAUAAUUAGUUAUUUACUUGAGCUUUAAAAUACCUUUUAUUUAUUCGGAAUUUAUUUUAUGAAACUAAAAUAAUUUUUUUUAAUUACAAAAAAAAUGUAAUUUAAAAAAAAUCUUAGAACAUUUUUUAUAACUAAAAAUUAAGCCUAAUUACGUAAUUGAAAAUAUUAAUUAGUUGUUUAUUUUUUAUAGUUUUUUUUAAAUCAAUUAAAAAAAAAAGUUAGUCAUAAUUUUUAAAUAUAUAUUAAUUAAUAAUAAUUAAUAAUAAAUAAAGGUGCUUGAUAAAAAUAAAUAUAAUUUAUAUAAUUAAAUAAAUUAACAAAAAUUAAAAAUUCAAAUUUAUUUUUAUUAACCCUUUGUAAUUUGCGCCAUUUUUAUUUCUCUAGAAAUUUUUUUUUUCUUUCAUACAUUCAGCAAAAUGUCUGCCGACACUUGAAAUAUUUUUUCAACGGACGGUAAUAAAAAUUUCUAACCAUAAAAAAUAUUUUUUACUCGGUAUCGAAAUUUUCGAGAACACACGCGCCCUCUAUACUUACGCUGAUUGGCUGCUUUAAAAUAAAAUGACUGACGUCCAAUAGGAGUGCGUAGAAUGAUCGGUUGCUUCAUAAGCCGAAGGCCAACGCGGCAACCGUCGUAUCAAAUUUUAUAUUUAUUUGAAUUAAUUAAAAGUUUUGAAAAUUUUUGGUUUAUUUUUUUGGUAAAAAUUACAUGAGAGGUUGAAUAAUUAAAUAGGCGGGAGUUUUUUUAAAAAUUAUGAAGGGUUAAUAAAAAAAAUGAAUAAAUAAAAUUACUGAUUACUGGACAGUAAAUAAUUGAUCGAUAAUUACUGUAGAUCGAAGAUAAUUUAAAUGAAUAAAAUUGGCUCUUAUGCCUGUGAUACAGUCGUGUAAAUAAUUGUUGAUAACAAAGAAAAAAAAAGAUAAAUUAAUAAU